ACCCAUCCACACACUGCUUGCUCGCUUCCUCGCUUCCUCGUAUACGUCUCUCUCUCUCUCUGUCUCCUCUUCAGUUCAGUUCAGUUCAGUUCUCAGAUAUAAUUGAGCCAGAUCUGUAGAUAUGGGGACCUCAAACUCCAAAAUUGAGGAAGACAAGGCCCUGCAGCUCUGUCGAGAAAGGAAAAAGUUUGUUAAGCAGGCGCUUGAUGGCAGGUGCUCCCUCGCAGCCACUCACGAUAUGUAUAUUCAAUCACUCAAGAGUACCGGAACUGCUCUUAGGAAAUUCGUCGACUCUUCUGGCACGGCUCCUCUUGAUUCUUCUUUGUACACUUCCACUAGUGCAACCCCUGAGCCUCUUCUUCAAAUUCACAAGUCACUCUCUCAUUUCUCCUUUUCUUCCCCGUCUGCGUCCCAACGCAUUGAUGCCACUGAUAAUUACUCUCCCUCUCCUUCUCCUCCCAAUUCUACUCUAUUUCAUGCCAAUCAUAUGAAAGCCAGGGGUAGCUUUUCUAAAAAGGUCGAAGAAAAACCUCCUAUCUCUAGUACUGCAACAGUGACCUCCUCUAGUACCCCACAGAAUACCACGCCUCGCUCUGUUGGAAAUUCCGAAACAUCACCAUUUGGAGAUUCUUCACUCCCAUCCGAAACUCCACCAUGGGAUUACUUUGGUAUUUUUCAUCCGAUUGACCAUCAGUUCUCUUCUCAAGAAGGGAAGACCAUGAACCAAAGUUUUGAACAUACUGAUGACAUAAGACGGCUUAGGGAAGAGGAGGGAAUUCCUGACCUGGAAGAUGAAGAAGAGAAGGCCACUUUUCAUGAUAGGGAAGACUCUCACGAUUCUGAAGAUGAAUUUGAUGAGCCAGCUACAGACACUCUGGUUCGAAGUUUUGAAAACUUUAAUAGAGUACAUGAUCAUGCUGAAGCUAGUGCUUCACCUACAGUACCUUCUGCGGGAAGUGCAACUUCAGAAACUGAGUUGAAAGUACAGAAAAGCAACUCUCCUGAUUUGUCGCCAUUGAGAGCCCCAUCAUCAGUAGUUGUGCCUGAAACUGACUCUAAUAAAGCUACAUUGAAGGAAGAUUGCUUGGAAAGUAAGGUGGCCCCAAAAGAUCUUGUUUUAAGCAUGAAAGAUAUUGAAUUUCUCUUCAUAAAAGCUUACGAGUCUGGUAAAGAAAUUCCUAAGAUGCUUGAAGCGAAUAAGUUGCAUUUUCGACCAAUAUUCCAAGCAAAAGAAAGUGGAUCAUUUUCUUCUACAUUCUUGAAGGCUUGUUUCUCCUGUGGUGAAGACCCUAGUCAAGUUCAGGAAGAGCCUGCUCAAAAUUCCGUGAAAUACUUAACUUGGCAUAGGACCACAUCGUCUCGAUCCUCUUCAUCAAGGAAUCUCUUGGGAGCAAACUUAAAAGAUGAUAGUGAGAAUCUUGCUGGCAACCUCUUUGAUAACUUCUGCAUGAUCUCAGGCAGUCAUGCCUCAACCUUGGAUAGGUUAUAUGCGUGGGAGAGGAAGCUUUAUGAUGAGGUUAAGGCUAGUGAGAUGGUCAGAAGGGAUUACGACUUGAAGUGUAAGAUAUUAAGGCAACUAGAAUCAAAAGGAGAAAGUUCUCAACAAGUUGAUAAAACUCGCGCUGUUGUUAAGGAUCUACAUUCAAGAAUCAGAGUUGCUAUUCACAGGAUUGAUUCUAUAUCAAAGAGGAUUGAAAAUAUACGAGACAGAGAGCUCCAGCCACAACUCGAGGAGUUGAUUCAUGGGUUAACUCGGAUGUGGGAAGUGAUGCUUGAAUGUCACAAGCUUCAGUUUCUAAUUAUCUCCAUAGCUUACCACAAUGGCAACACUAAGAUAUCUGUACAGUCAGAUUCACAUCGUCAGAUUACUCUCUAUCUUGCAGAUGAACUCAGCAAUCUAUCCUCAAGUUUUAGUAAGUGGAUCGAUGCUCAAAAGUCCUAUUUGCAGUCUAUAAAUGGAUGGCUUUUGAAAUGUGUAUCCAUUGCUGAGAAGUCUUCCAAAAAGAAAAGGAGGCAACCAGAAAAAAACCCCUUGAGAUUCUGUGGCCCUCCAAUAUAUGCCACAUGUGGUGUCUGGUUUGAUAAGCUUGAGACUUUGCCUGCCAGUGAAGUUACAGAGGCUAUAAACACUUUAGAAACUGAAAUUGCCAGUUUUGUACCUCGCCAAGAAAGGAAAGAGGGUAAACAUCCAAACUAUUCAGGUUUAACAUCUCGCAAGGAUGAUAGUGGAAUUGACUCUGCAGUUAAUAUGUUGAGAGAUGAAGUUUUGCCUUCCUCGAUCUCCAGUUUUGAUCGUUUCCAGACAAGCUUGGCGGGGUUUUGUGGUAAGUUGAACAAGUUUGCAGAGGCUUCUGUUAAGAUGUAUGCAGAAGUUCAGGUGGCCAUUCAACGUUCAAAGAGCAAUUAUGACCAGAUUAAAUCUAAAUCUGGAGUUGUUUAAUGGAUUGGACACGCAGGGAAAAUUAUAUUCCUUUGACAGGAGUUUGUGAAAAAAAAGAUAAACAUAAAGCAUUUUGGGAUACAAGUUGAAUUGGGAUUCGGAAAUGGAGUUUGUAUACGAGGAGAAAAAAUAAAUGCAAUUCGCCUCCAAGUUUGACAUUGGUAUAGUUGUAAUUACAUGGGUU